AGUGGUUUUAAGUUCUAAUAGUGAAUAGAUAUUUGUUUGAAUAAAAAUGUUGUAAUCCAGAUGGUGUUUACAAAAAAUUAAGUUCAAGUGAAAGAUGAAGAUACCUCGUUCAGACACGGUGCAAGGCUCUGCGGCCCUGAGCAAGCCGACGACGGUAAUGAUCUACCAUGAUCGCUACACUGCAGGCGAGACGACUGGUGGGCUGAGCGUACUCUUCACGAUGCUAUGUAUCGUGGAUCUCUUCGGUGUAUUCCCAGUUGUUGCUCUGCCUAAGAGCAUCAUUGCUUGUGGUAUCUACGGAGUGCCGCUCGUGAUAUCAGUAUUCGCACUGCAGCUGUACACAGCCGUGCUUCUCGGAAGAAGUUGGCUUCUGGCGCACGAGAUUUCUCCUAACAUUAGAGAAAAGAGUAGGUUUCCCUACGCGGCAGUAGCAGAGUUAGCGUUUGGUACCCCAGCGCGCAGGCUGGUGACGUUUCUUAUAGAUGCCACUGUUUUCGGCGCUGGGGUUCCCAAUUUCAUUUUUGCUGCUCAAAGCAUGCAGAUGUUUUGGUGGAAGAUCACGAGAGGUGAAGUGGGGAUUACGUACUGCGUGUGGAUGAUCGUUAUCGGGUUAUUGCUUUGCCCCGUAAUGUGGCUCGGCUCACCGAAGGAUAUGAAACCCAUAGCUCUAACAUCAGUAUGUAUAGUGACCACAGUGGCUAUAGCUACCUGGACAUGCAUCGGCCUUGACGACACAUCCGCUCCAGCUUCCGGAGAUGUCCUCAAAUAUGUUCCAAACCCCAGGGACUUUCUGGUAGCAUAUGGCAUUAUAGCUUUUCAGUUCGACAUUCAUCCAAUGCUGCUAACGUUACAAGUUGACAUGAAAGACAGUCGCAAGAUCAACUCCGCCGUGCUGGGUGCUUUCGGCAUCACGGGUUUUAUGUUCAUGGUGACGUCGCUACUAGCCGCCAAUAGAUAUGGGAACAAUAUUGAGAACAAUAUAUUGCAAGGCAUGCCUCCAUCCAUCGCACUAUACAUCGUGGCGCUAUUAGUGACGUUGCAACUUUGCCUCUCUAGCGCCGUUGGUAACUCCGCGCUCUUUCAGCACAUAGAGGACUUGCUUAAAAUUCCUAGAGAGUUCUGCUUUCAACGUUGCCUAAUUCGGUCAGGCAUCGUGGCACUCGCAGUAUUUCUCGGCGAAUCUGUGCCAAGAUUCGACCUCGUCAUGGGCUUGGUGGGCUCAACCCUAACCGGCCCCUUAAUGUUUAUAUUUCCCCCUCUAUUCUUCCUGAAACUCUGCCACAAAAGAUCUUCUAUGAAAGAGUUGGAUGUAUUAAUAGAGCGUCGAAAACGAACCUUGAGCUUGGCUGAAAAUUAUUGUUUUAACAGAAAAAACGAUAAUGGCGACCUGUCAGAAUUCCCGCUCAUUAUAGCGCGAGCACAGACUAAAUACAAAACUUUUGUCACCCAACAGGAUUACGUGAAUCACAUAGCUCCUAAUGUUGAUAAAACAGAUUAUACGGUUAAAUGGUACGAUGUUGUAUUGGCGGUGGUUGUUAUGAUUAUGGGAAUUGUGGCUACAUUAGUGGCCACGUUUAUAAGUUGGUCGGACGCCAUUACGUCAGCAGAAUUUUCACCGCCAUGUUUGUUAAACGCAACGGCAGCGGCCCGAAGUUUUAUAGAUCUUGCCAAUCAUAAAAUGUAGCGCAAAUAUUUUAACAAAUGUAUAGUGUUAUGAUUUUAUACGCGGGUUAAAUCCUGGCUUAAUUAAAAAGAUCGUAAUAGGGCAGUAACGAAUUUCAAAAUGGCGGCAAUACUAAAUAUUGCUAACUGCCAAAUUUCCCGCUCCUUUGAGCAGACAAGGAGCUAAUAACGAUCGAUUCAAUUAAUAA